AUGAGUGCCCUGAUCAUUGGCCGUGUCAACACCGGCGCUGGGGGCAGCGGCAUCUACCUCGGCUCGCUGCAGUACUUAGCAGGAAUAACCAAGGCAAAGGAGCGCGGCUUUUACAUGUCCCUCAUCGGCAUGUUCCGGGGAGUUGGUGCUGUUCUGGGGUCUGUCAUCGGCGGCGCCUUUUUCCAUGUCCACAGCAACCUGGCGCUGGUUUUCUACACCAACCUGGUCAUUGGCGCCGCCGUCUGGGUCAGCUUUUCUCUUGGUCUUCGCAAUGGCUGGUGCUCAAUGACCAUGGCAUAA